GAAACCAACUGAAGCAACAAACUCAGAAAGCAAAAGCUGAUUUUUUCGCUUUCUCUCUGUCUCUGGAAAAUCACCGUCGUAUUUUCCAUUCUCAUUGUCGUUUUAAUGGAAAAGGUUGUCGGAGGAAAGUAUAAAAUUGGUCGCAAAAUUGGGAGUGGAUCAUUCGGUGAAAUUUAUAUUGGGGCACAUGUUGUGACUUCUGAGCUUGUGGCCAUUAAGAAGGAGAACAAGAAAACUAAACAACCACAGCUACUAUAUGAGGCAAAGUUGUAUAAUAUUCUCAAAGGAGGAAGUGGUAUUCCAAGAAUGAAAUGGUUUGGUACUGAUGGAGACUAUAAUGUUCUAGUUCUUGAACUUAUGGGACCGAGUCUCGAAGACCUUCUUUACUAUUGUGAGGGGAAGUUUUCGCUUAAAUCGGUUUUGAUGUUGGCUGAUCAGAUGCUUACGAGGAUCGAGUAUUUACAUUCCAAGGGACUUUUGCAUAGAGAUAUCAAACCAGAUAACUUCCUUAUGGGUCUUGGGAAGAAAGCAAAUCAGGUUUGUAUGAUUGAUUUUGGACUUUCCAAAGGAUAUAGAGAUCCUAUCAGUUACAAGCACAUUCCAUACAGAGAGAACAAAAACUUAACAGGAACUGCACGUUACGCAAGUUGCAAUACUCAUAAAGGAAUUGAACAAAGUCGCAGAGAUGAUUUGGAGUCUCUUGGUUAUGUUCUUUUGUACUUUUUAAGAGGAAGCCUUCCUUGGCAGGGUCUGCAAGCUGCCACGAGAACGCAAAAAUAUGAAAAGAUUUGUAAAACGAAGUUAUCAAUUCGCACCGAGGUACUUUGUAAGUCGUAUCCUGUGGAGUUCGCUUCUUACUUUCAUUAUUGCCGUUCCUUGACGUUUGAUCAACGACCAGAUUAUGGAUAUUUGAGACGCCUGUUUCGUGAAUUGUUCACUUCUAAAGGAUAUGAUGCCGACUAUUUAUUCGACUGGACGAUUCUAAAAUAUCAGGAGAUACAACAAAUAAAGGAACAAAAUGAAUCCAUUGCUCCAGUUGCUUUACCUACAAUUAUUGAGCCGGUGGAUGCGGAUGAGCAUAUAGAAGUCAAUGAUUGUACUCAAACUUCUGCGGCAAAACUACCAAUCUAUUCCGAUCGUCCACGUGUUUGUAUGAACCUCAGAGUAGCUAAUAUUGAGAGUCUUGAUGAUGAGAUUGAAACAGAGAAACAUAAUGUGAAUACUGGUUUACCUAUUUCAACUGUCACGCCUCUAGUUUCUACCGAAAAUGUUCCAAAACCAGAAAGGAUUGUAGAAGCCUCAAAUCCGGACGGUGUGUUAGGGAGUAAAUGUGGUGCUUCGGGUGAUAUUGUUCCUUCACUUCGCCGAGUUUCAUCCAUCAAUUAGAAGUGUUUGGUACAGAAACUUGAACUGUUCAAAAUGAAGGAAUUUUCCAUGACUUUGCUGUGAAGCUUCAUGAGGUUGAAAAUUCUAUUAUAACGAAAAGCAUGAUCUUAGGUUGAUCAUAGCGUUUUGACCCAUUUUCGAAGAGAUCUUGUUUGAGAGGUCUAAAUGCACUACUGACGGCGUAGAUGAAACACGAGGAAGAGUUGAAGACUGAUCUCGACUUGAUUGGCUUGCCUAAUUGUAUUCGUUGUAAAGUUGCGCCAUUUCCUAUGGAACUGCUGCUGAUUUCGAAUUGGAGCGAGGCAUUAGUUUCUUUUACUUAUAAUUUGAAUUCAAACCUUGUUAGAUAUAACAGUUACUAUAAAUUCUAGUAUCAGCUAUAAGUAGGGCUGAAUUUCUCACACUAAUGAUCAUUUUCUUUGACUCUUAUAAUGUAUGUAGAAUUUUUUUUUGCAUUUUCUCGACCAUUUUGUAUGUUAGAAUUAGAUUAGAGGUUACUUAUGAUUAGAUAGCUUAGUUAGGAUUACUGUAUAAAGUGUAUCUUACAGUCAUUGUAAUGUACUUUUCUCAUUCUAUCAAUUCCAAAUAAUCAA